UACCCCUUGAAAAGUCAUCAAAAUAACGUUGUUUUUCUUUUUUUUUAGUGAUGAUGGAUUAUUUUCUCCCAAAAAAUCCAUUCCUGUGCAAUUUUUAAUGUCCACAACAACGUUUAGUUAAUCAAUAAAGUGCCCAUUGGUGUGGAUACAGUGGAAUUUCCAUGUGAUUUUGGUGAAAUCUGUGCAAAAAUCAUGACUCAACAAUGACGUAGUCCCAUUAGUGAUGGAAUAUGAUGAAAUUUGGACAUUUAUACUCUCAUUCACGAUAUUCACAUCAUUGACCACGAUGCUGGCCGCUUGUCUCUGUUGCCGGAAGAAAGUUCCCAAGAAUGAUCUUUUGGGCUUGGAAGGCAUGGUUAAGAUAAAAAAUCCAGACGACAAUCUGCACAGUUCAACAUCGGCCCUAAAGACCGAUGCCGUGGAUGCUGCUGGUGAUAAUGAUGUUAAAAGAUCCAGCAAUGCGCCACAUCGAAGUCUUCCGGACAUUCCAGCGAGUGAUCAAGCGGCAGUUGAUACAAAUUCCGAUCUGUAUGCUACUGUUGGGGAUAAAGUACAGGGAAGACCACAAGGGAGAAGUCCUUCAAGCUUAAAGAAGCAAUCAGUGUCCCAGCAUAGUUCGCUGAGUCAGGCGGAUGAUGUGAGCUCACCGUAUGCGAGUGUACGGUCGCCGUCACAUGCGUAUGACAAGAUAAGAAGGACUGAACAUCCAUAUGCUCAAUUGCAACCAAAUCAGGCCAAUAAUCCGCCAAAUGAUCGCAAUGGGCUUUCACGGAGGGCUUCCAAUGAGAGUCUCUUGAGCACAAAUGAGCCCACAGGUGCCGACAUACCGGCAGCUUCGGCAAUUGCUGGGAGAAUUUCAGCGAGUCAAGAAUUGCCGUACAUGACACCACCCAUAGCACAACCACAGCACUUUAGUGGGGAUUCACAGGAUUCCUCCAAGGGCUACACAAGUAUCAGUGUCCGUGAACCCCUUGCCAAUAUUCUCGCUCAAACCAAUAAGCAAAAUGCACAGACAAGACGGAGGGAUUUGAGUGAUUCACACUAUGCCACCGUAUCGGAUGAUUCCGACGAAAUGUACGCAGCUAUUGAUGAUCCCAACAAUGCAGCUGAUCUCUACACCAGUGGAUCGGAAACGUAUGCACAAAUUCAACCACCAAAUGCCAUGGUAGUCUCCGUUGAGAUAAAUACCCCAUCCACGGUGAGAAAUGAUGGGGAUCACAGUGCGGAGGUGGCAGCACAGCCACAGCAACCAAUUGACAUUCCUGCACCGUCACUUGUUGAUAAUUUCCGUGCGCAAGCAUCGGUACACUCACGUCAGGCAUCUUCGUCCAGCGUCACAAGCUCAAUUGGUAUCUUGGGAUCACCGAAACCCGAGAAACGACAAGCCAAUUCACCUCUUCCACCGACGCCCAAGACUGGCAAAACUAUUCCACACUACUCUUCGAGCAAUUCAAAUCUCACCUCCACAAGUUCCACGCAAUCUGGGAGGAAUUCUGUGGCAUCCGUGGUGGAUACGCAUCAAGUGUUGGAUGCAAAAGUUGCCACAGAUACCCUCCAUCCAGGGGAUGAUGAUGCUUCUUCCAAUAAAUCUAAAAAGAGUCCGUCCAAGGAUUUAGAAGGAAUGUACGCAAAGGUGAUGAAGAAAAAUAAAUUGUCCAAUUUGCCAUCACAAAAUUCAUCACCGCAGAUGGGAAGGAAGUUCCCACAGAGCGAUAGGGCAUCAACAGCUGAACCCGAAGUGUUUAUAUCAGAUUCUGAUAUUUCCAAUGGAACCCCAGCAUUGGAUUCAGGGCGAGUAUCGCUCCAUGAAUCCCCAGGGAAGUUUAGUGUACGAUCUGCGGGGCAAAUAGAUAAUAAUUACGAAACCAUCGAAAGAAAGUUAUCACGUGGACGAAGUAGCAGCUAUGGUGAGAAAGAUCCUGGAUAUGAAACCAUACCCGGUGAUAAGAGGACAACAGAACGGGAUGCAAUUGAUGGGCAUAGUCGUGCAUCGGCACCACCGGGAUUAAUUGCGCCAAUUGAAGUGCUUCAGAAAGUUAAUUAUCAAGGUAGCAAUCGCAAUGCUUUCUUAUUCAAUCAAUCAAUGGAGGAUCCGGGGUAUGAGAUGGUUAAGCAGCAAUCGGCGUCAGAUGACGACCCGAACUAUGAGGUUCUUAGGCCAACAAACAGUCGGGAUGAGGAUGGGUAUUCGAGAAUAUGGAAUAGGGGUGGUGAUAAGAGGGUGGUUAAUCGUCUCAGUGGGGGUGAUUUACUCGAUGGUUAUAGUAGCAUUAAGGGGCCGCACGGGGAGAGAUCCGGGAAUGAUACGGAUAGCGAUGUUCCGGGCUAUAGUUCCAUUCAGGAUGUAAAGAAAAAGUUGACAAAGGUGCAUGAUGACAUUGAGCCAGGGUACAGUAUUAUUUGUGAUAAGUCCGAGAAUCGGGAGGCGCAUGCCAAAAAAAUGAGUGCAACCCUCAAUAAUAACAACAUUCUCGAUGAUUCGGACAUCUACUCAAGUAUCCCCCAUUCGGAGAAUCCAUCCUACUUGAGUAUUCAGGACAAUGUGCACAACUACUCAACAAUUGGGGAAACACCGUCGAGUAGUCAGACGCUGAUUAGCUCACCUGGGUAUUCGAGUAUUUCCGACACACUCACAGCAACGACAACACCAUCGAGUGAGAGCAUGAGCUCGGAUCAAUUGCUCUAUCGCACCCACAUGCAGACAACAUCGAGCAACUACGAAUCACUCACGGGCAGUGAGUCUGAUCCCAACUAUGAGACUGUACGGUAUUUGGGUGUGAAGGAGAAUCCCUACGAGAGGCUCCACAAUGAGAAGGCUUCCAGUCCAGAGUGCCAGGGUGAGGCCAAACGGCCGAUUGAUUCAACGACAGGAGGUGGUGGGGGUGGCAAUCAUAUCAGUGGAAAUGGACCAACACCCGUGAUUCCAGCCUCUAAUCAAGAAGGAGGCCAGGAAGUCAGUGACUACUUUCAAGUCUGACCACAUCAUCUAUCCGUUGCAAUAAUGACACAAUGAGCAUUUUUAUUGUCACUUCUUAUUUGUUUUGUUUUUUUUCUUUCAGCAAAAUCUGUGUUCUGUGUGUGAUUCAUUUCAGAAAUGGAAGUAAAAAUUGCAAAAAAAAAAGUUUAUACAAAACACAAUUUAAAAAAAAAUAGCAGAAGAGAGGCAGUUAUAUAGAAUUAAAAAAAAAUUGACAUGUCACUUUUACAAUGAAAUGCAAUUUGAGAGGGAAAUAAUGUGAAUGAUUUUCUUUUAGAUAAAAACUAUUCCACAGUAAAAUAAGCUCUAUAAAAAUAUACUGGCAUUGCAUUAUACAAAAUGAAUUCCUCACUUGAUGAUUAGCAAAAGUAAAUAGGUCGGAGAGACAUGGGGCUAAUAAAGUCAGAGAACUAUAAGUCAUCUGAACAUUCCUAUAGGAAAACUUUCCAUAAUUUUAUUAACCCCUAUUUCACCUACAUUUUGCACAUUUUUCCAAAGAGUAUCUCGCUUACUUUUAGCAAGGAUAGCGAGGUACAUUAAUAGUUAAGUUUUGGACGGUGGAUUCAUUUUCAGAAAUUAAUCUGGACUUGUUUUUUUAAGAAUUAUUUAAUAAUUGUAUAAUAAAUUGAUUUUGGAGAAUUAAGAAAAACUAAAGUUGGUUAAUAAUAUGCUAAAUUACUGGCUUUGACAAUGAAAAGGUUUUUGAAACUCUUAAAAUUUCAGAAAAAAGAUUCCAUAAAAUGUUUUUCUUUUGUAAAUAAAACAAAUUAUUAUUUUGCUAAUCAAAGAAUAAAGUGAGGAAUCCCAUAUACAUCUAAAAAGCAUAAAAUACAAGAAACAAGAAAAUAUGAUGAAAAUUUUAUUAAAUUAUUGAAUUCCCACCCUAUAUUUAAGAUAAAAAAAAAGAAGGAAACCUUCAUAUAAAUAUUUAUACUUUAUCCAUAUUUAUUUUAUAUUGUACAAUUUGAGAGAUCAAAUCUAAAGAAUCUUGAUAUUAAAAUGCUUUAUAUUCCAUAUAUUAAAAA